AACAGUUCUUCGUCCAUUUCAUUUGCAGUUGUCCUGCAGUUAGGAGUAUCCAAGAUGGGGCAGGACAGAACCAGAAUGCUGAAGACUCUUCUCCUUGCCGCCUUCUUUCACCUCACACUGAGUGACAGCGUUUUUCUUGAGCAAAAGGAAGCUCUCGCUUUGCUGAAGCGUUCACGACGAGCCAACAGGGGGUUCAUGGAAGAGAUACUUAAAGGUAAUCUAGAACGGGAGUGUCUGGAGGAAAACUGUAACUACGAGGAAGCCCGUGAAGCCCUUGAGUCCAAUGAAAAAACGGAUAUAUUCUGGGCACAGUAUACAGCCUGUAGCACUCUAGUGAACAAGAGACCAGCUCUGGAGGAGUGUAUGAAAGGUUCCUGUGUCCAAGAAAUAGGGCAGAACUACAGGGGAAAGAUUUCUGUCACCAAGUCAGGAACUGAAUGUCAAUUCUGGUCCAGCAAAUUUCCUCACAAGCCUGAAUUCAAUGUUACAACUCAUCCAGAUGCCAAUCUCACUGAAAACUACUGUAGGAACCCCAACAACAACUCCCAGGGACCCUGGUGCUACACCCGUAAUCCAGCAGUACAAGUAGAAGAAUGUGCUAUUCCUGUGUGUGGUGAGAACCGGACCACAGUUCCCUUCUCUCCAACACCUCCUCGUAUGCAGGAGACAACACAGCAGCAGGAGGAGUGUGUACGCGAUGAAGGGUUGCUCUAUUCAGGGACUCUUUCUGUCACAAUAUCUGGAGAGAGGUGCUUGCCAUGGGCUUCGGAGAAAGUAAGACAGCUGAGCUAUAGAAAAAACUUCCUGGAAGACGUGUCCCUGGUGGAGAAUUAUUGCCGCAACCCUGAUCAUGACAAGGAAGGGGUUUGGUGCUAUGUAGACCACCCAACUAUAUCCUUCAAUUAUUGCAACUUGAACUACUGUGAAAAUGAUCUAAGUUAUGCCGAUGAUAUUGCUGAGGACCAAAGAGCGGGACGAACUACUGUCCAGCAACAUGAAACCUUCUUUGAUCCUAAGACUUUUGGUGAAGGUGAAGCAGAUUGUGGCAUCCGCCCCCUGUUUGAGAAGAAGAAGAUCUCCGAUAGCACUGAGAAUGAGCUACUGGAGUCCUAUCUGCAAGGCCGAAUUGUGAAGGGGGUAGAUGCUGACGUGGGCAGUGCUCCAUGGCAAGUGAUGCUCUUCAAGAAGAAACCCCAGGAGCUGGUAUGCGGUGCUAGUCUCAUCAGCAAUCGCUGGGUAUUAACUGCUGCCCAUUGCAUUUUCUACCCACCCUGGGAUAAAAAUUACACAACUGAUGACCUCCUUGUACGGAUUGGCAAACAUAAUAGGAAACGAUAUGAGCAAGGCAAGGAGAAAAUUGUCUUCCUGGAUAAAAUCAUCACCCACCCCAAAUACAAUUGGAUGGUAAAUCUGGAUCGAGACAUUGCACUUUUGCGUCUGGCUAAGCCUGUAGCUUUCAGUGAUUAUAUAUACCCAGUAUGUUUGCCAACCAAGGAGGUUGUUCAGAGCCUAUUGCUAACAGGAUACAAAGGCCGUGUAUCUGGUUGGGGUAAUCUGUUUGACACCUGGGGUCCAGGAUCACAGGCACUGCCUGACGUGCUGCAGCAGGUGAAUCUCCCCAUUGUGAACCGGGAAAUCUGUAAGGCGUCCACUAAGAUUAAAAUCACAGACAACAUGUUCUGUGCAGGUUAUAGUCCUGAAGAAAGUAGGAGAGGAGAUGCUUGUGAGGGUGACAGCGGGGGCCCUUUUGUCAUGAAGCGACCAGCAGAUGAACGGUGGUUUCAAGUAGGUAUUGUCUCAUGGGGAGAAGGCUGUGAUCGUGAUGGCAAAUAUGGAUUCUACACCCAUCUGUUCCGUCUGAAGAAAUGGAUGCAAAAGACUAUUGAGAAAUAUGGGCGUUAAACAGAAAUUAAAAUCUGCAUUUGCACCAAGCCUAAGGAUGGAAAUAUACCUGAGUCAUACCUCAAUAAAGGUUUUUGGACAAAGCA